AACACAAACCGAGCUUUUCAAUCUCUUAGAAAAGCUUUACAACAAUAUCAAAAAGGAUGGAGCAGAGCGGAAAUCAUCUACGAAUUAUGGUCAGAAAAAGUUAGAGGUAUUGGAGGCGUACUGGGUAGAAUAUCAGAAUAAUCAUAAGAAACUAUUACAGCAUGAAGACCUUGAGCGACCUUAUUUCGCGCGCAGGGAGUAUGAUAGAACUAAAAUGUUAUAUUUAGAAAUAAAAAGUUAUCUCCAUUCAAUAGCUAAGGAGUUUUCUGUGAAAAAUCCAAGGGAAAACCCACGCGAACAAGAGGCAGUCGCAGGUGGAAGUAAAUCAGGUUUGUCGUUAAGGGAGCAAACAUCAGGAGUAGAGGGGACGUCGGGAGAUAUCGAGAAGUCGGGCGACAGGAGAUCAACUGGCACUACGAGUAAGUUAGACGAAAUGUUACAUAAACAAGCAACUAAUUUUAAAGCACUCAUGAGAACGGUGAAGGGCAUUGAAGUGGAAUCAAUUACAGAAAAAUGGAAAUUUGAAGAUGCGUUAAAGCAGUUACAAUCACGUUGGUUAAUCAUUGACUCUCUGCAUUGGGAAAUAGAUGAAAUUAUAAAUGGCGAGGAUGAAGCUUAUGAAGCCGCGUUUACACAUCAUGAAAGUAUUUAUUACAAUUUAAAGGAAAUCAUCAAUACAAGGUUAUGGUCUGUAUGUCACCGAGAUCAUAUUACACCCCAAGUAGACAUACCCGAGUUUACAGGUAAUUAUCACCAAUGGGUCUCUUUUAAAAAUUUAUUUAUGGAAGCAGUGCAUCUCAAUCCGUCUCAAUCAGUUUUUCAUCAGUAGCACUGGCAUUUUUAUUUUUUAUGACUAUUGUCUCGUCAUCAACUGCUGCCUUUUCAAUAACUAAACUAAAUAACAAUAACAAUAAAUCCCUUUACUUCGAUUUAGUGACAGAUAUGCAAUUAAUAAGAGAUGACUGGACUAUGGUGACUUAUUACGACAUGAAUCCUUAUUGGGAAGGAUUUAAAGCAGUAGAAAAAUGUGUCGAGUAUCUACAAAAAGCAUGUGUCCUAUUUCAAGACCAAACUCGAUGUAAAUUAAUAUCAACGCAAUUACAACAUGAUUAUACGGAAUUAAAAUACUACAAUGAACUAUUGCUGAAUCAAGGUUUUGAAGCACGCGACGGGUUACACUCCAGACAGCGUCGGCACCGCGGCCUUAUCAAUGGAGUAGGUUAUAUUGCAAAUAGCCUGUUCGGUUUAUUAGAUCAGCAUUUCGUAGAAAAAUAUACCCGAGACAUACAACUAUUAAAAGAAAAUAAUAAACACAUUCAUGCUCUUUAUAAAAAUCAGACUUCAGUGAUAGAGGCCGAAUACAACUUAUUAAAAAGAACAGAAGAAAUAAUUGCAGUUCAGCACAAAACCAUCAACAAACAUUUAAAUAUCUUAGACACUUCUACAAAUAACAUAACUCGACAAGUUAACGCAUUAUCAAUUAUGGAAGAAUUUACGCUGUCAUCAAUUUCUGCUAUUAACUUACUCACCAAACUGAGGAGAAUCCAAGACAACUUAUUGAGUACUUUAGUAGACAUUUACCACGGGCGAUUCAACAUUUAUUUGUUGAGUCCCGAACAGUUUCGAAAAGAAUUACAGAUCAUUUCCAGCCAACUAGCGAAAGACCUCACUUUACCUUUAGAUGACAUAGCAACAGGUUUUCAAGAGAUGUAUAGAGUUAUAAGAGUGAAAUCAAGAGUCACAAACAACUAUUUUAUUUUUGAAAUCAAAUUUCCACUGAUAAGUCGUGAUUACUUUCAAUUAUAUAAACUGAUUCCAAUUCCAUAUAACAAUAACAAUCGAAUGAUAAAAAUCUUAACGAGAUCGAUGUUCACAGCUAUAAAUUUACAAAAAGAUGCAUACAUAGAUAUUGAUCAAUUUGAGCUACAAAAUUGCCUACAACACAAAACUGCAUAUUUGUGCAAAUUAUAUAGCCCUAUAAAACAUAUGAGUGCAGAAGAAAGGUUUUGUAGAAUAGAUGACAUGGGAAAAUGUAAAAUACAGAUGAGUACAUGCAAAGAUGAGUGGUUUGAACUAUCAGAUCCCUCGACGUACUUAUAUUUUCAUUGCCAGUUAAGCACAAUGAGAAUUAUAUGUGAUAAAGAAAUAACAUCGUUACAGUUGGAAAACGCAGGGCUCAUACGCCUAGAUAACAAAUGCAUAGCUAAAGGAAAAGAUUUUACAUUUUUUUCCAACAGACCACAAAAUAAUUCUGUGAAUAUAAGUCCCAACAUAAUUUACCAAUUCGACAUAGCUCCGAUAAAUAAUUUUUUAAACUUAACAUUGCCAAAUUAUUAUUAUAACGACAUAAUCAAUGAGACAAUUCAGACGAAUGAUUUAGAAGUUUUAAAAGAAAAAAUAGAAGAGUUGAAGAAAGGAAGCGUUGAAAGUGAGUUUGAAUUGUCUAGCCAUGACAUUCAUCAAUACGCCGUUUCAUAUAGCGGCGUGGCAGUAGCAGUAGUAAUCCUGGUGGUCAUCGCUUGUUGGUGGUGGCGCUGGCGAGGGCAACGCGCGGGACGCGCUCCUCGCACUGAACAGGCGCAGUUAAGUGAUAGUGAGAGUGUCGAUGUAGUGAGUGCGCGAAAGCAGAGUACGGCUGACCGACAGCCUAGUGUUUCUGUGUUGAGUGAUCGUUAUCAAUCGAUGGUAGACAUCGCUACGUCACCAAUAAUUACUAAACGUGUAUUUAUUGACGUUGAAAAUGAUACACAGAUGUAAACUCGACAUUUUCCAUUUAUAAAUAAUUUUUGUAUACAAAUUUUUACAUAAUCUUUACAUUUUUUAUUUUUAUAAUUUUGUUAAUAUUGUAGCUUAGUAAUUUUAGACUACUUGGUUAUCAUUUACAUCUCGCUAUUUUGUUCUGUCGGGAGCAUGUUCGGUGCAAUGCAACCGAACGACGUUGUAAGCAUUUAUGCUUUUUAGGUCAUUAGCGACGUCAAUAAUUCAGUCCAAAAUCAUACGUCAACCGCGACACGCGACUAAUCAUUAUCAUUGUAAUUAUCAAUUUCAUUAUAAUUUUAAUAAGUACAUUUCACUGUAAACGGACUCAAGUGUUUUAUUUAUAUCAUUUAUCAUUAUCACCGGCACUAUACCGAAUAUGGCCGUUAGAGAAAUAUAGGACUUAUAAAAAUGCAUAGUUUUUUAAUUUUAUGUUAAAUUAUCAAAAAAUAUUAUUGUUGUCGUGUCGGGAGACGUAAGUAAAACGACAAGGUCGAGAACUGACUGGUUUAUUAUAGAAUGGAGCAUGAUUUACAUCUUACCUACAAACUGUUAAUCUAAAUAUCAAAAUACCUUACAUAUAUUCCCUCUUAAAUAAAAUAAAGUGCUACAUUCCCGCUAUACAAAAUAAGAAUGUAGAUUAGUACAUCUAUUUGAGGAUCUUUGAUUUCUUUUAAUAUUAAGUGCUACUUAUUAAAUAUUUGCCCACCACCUUUCCUUUGAUAACAAAUUAUGCUCUUAAACCUAAAAUUAUAUAUAUUUUAUAACAAUAUAACAACUAUUUAAACAAUAGUUUUAAUUUAAUUUUUUUAUAUAUUUUUUUUUUUAAAUCGCGAUUAUAAUAUCUCCAAGUGCGUUCGGAAGCUGUCGGUGAGGGUGGUGUGCGCGCCAGCGGUGGCGCGCGCGCAGGCUGCGGUGUGCCCGCCCUGUCGUUCGUGC